AAAGCUUUUCAAGGACGUAGUUGCCCUGCACAUGUGAAACUGGUAGAAAAGCAUGGAUCCAAACAAGUUGAAAGAUUUGCUAACCAAAGGUGGGAAAAAGGGUGGCAGGUUUGGAGUUGGUUUGGCGGCAGUCGUAGGAGCUGCAUUAGGAAUUCAACAGUCAUUUUACACUGUUGAUGGAGGUCAUCGAUCAAUCAUAUUCAGUCGCAUUGGUGGGGUCCAAAAACAAGUCUUCUCUGAAGGACUUCAUUUCAGGGUACCAUGGUUUCAGUAUCCCAUAAUAUAUGACAUUAGAGCAAAACCAAGAAGAAUUACAUCACCAACUGGAAGCAAAGAUUUACAGAUGGUGAACAUCUCAUUGAGAGUCCUGUCACGACCAGAUCAGACAUUUCUUCCACAGAUUUACAGACAGAUAGGCACAGACUAUGAUGAGAGAGUGCUGCCCUCAAUUUGUAAUGAGGUGUUAAAGUCCGUGGUGGCUAAGUUCAAUGCGUCACAGUUAAUCACUCAGCGUCAGCAGGUCAGUAUGCUGAUCAGGAGAGAACUGACCGAGAGGGCCCAGGACUUCCACAUUAUCCUGGACGACGUGUCCAUAACAGAGCUCAGCUUUGGUAAAGAGUAUACAGCAGCUGUUGAGGCUAAACAGGUUGCCCAGCAAGAAGCCCAGAGGGCCCAGUUCUAUGUUGAGAGGGCAAAACAAGAGAAACAGCAGAAAAUAGUGCAGGCUGAUGGUGAAGCCCAGGCUGCCAAACUUAUAGGAGAGGCCAUUCAACAAAAUCCUGGCUUUUUAAAACUUAGAAAGAUUCAAGCUGCCCAAAAGAUUGCCAAAACU